AUGUUGGUGGGUUCCAUAAUUUUUGCCGACAAGACCUUUACGCUUGUCGAGGCCCGAUACAUCCUACUAUUUACGGACUUGGACAAAUUAUCAGGAUAUAAUUGGGGAGCUGCUGCGUUGGUUACCCUUUACAGUCAUCUUGGAGAUGCUUCUAUGUUCGGUUGCAAGCAACUUGGUGGUUAUCCUACUCUCCUACAGUGUUGGAUUCACGAUUAUUUUCCAACACUUGGAAAAGGGAAGAGAAUUAGAUACCAGCGUAAAAUUGUGUCUCCCUUGAGCGAUGAGAUCAUCCUAUAA